GCAAUUUCUCAUCUAAACCAAAUAUAUUGCGAAGUUCUUUACUAUAUAUUUUUGAAUAAAAAAAUUAUAUAUAUUUUAUUUCAAGUGAAUUAAGAAAUAUUUAUAAAAAAUUUUCAUAGUUCUUAAAAGCGUUAAACGAAAUUUUAACACAAUCGUAGUUUUGUUUUUAGGUAUUGUAAAAAUGUCUUACGCCUAUUUAUUUAAAUACAUUAUCAUUGGGGAUACGGGUGUUGGAAAAUCAUGUCUAUUACUUCAGUUUACUGAUAAAAGGUUCCAACCAGUUCAUGAUUUAACUAUAGGAGUUGAAUUUGGGGCCCGAAUGAUUACUAUUGAUGGUAAACAAAUAAAGUUGCAAAUUUGGGAUACUGCAGGACAAGAAGCGUUUAGGUCUAUUACUCGCUCCUACUACCGAGGUGCAGCUGGAGCUCUUCUUGUAUAUGACAUUACAAGACGGGAAACUUUUAAUCACUUGACAACAUGGUUGGAGGACGCCAGACAACACUCAAAUUCUAAUAUGGUUAUUAUGCUGAUUGGAAAUAAGAGUGACUUAGAUUCAAGACGCGAAGUCAAGAGAGAAGAAGGUGAAGUUUUUGCGAGAGAGCAUGGGUUAGUUUUUAUGGAAACUUCAGCAAGAACAGCCGCGAAUGUUGAAGAAGCUUUUAUAAACACUGCAAAAGAAAUAUAUGAAAAAAUACAGGAAGGAGUGUUCGACAUAAACAAUGAGGCAAACGGUAUUAAAAUUGGUCAACAACAUUCGCCAACGAAUCCAUCAAUGCCAGGAGCUGGUAAUCAAGGAGGUCAAGCUUCUAGUGGUUGCUGUUAAGAAUAAUUUAUGUAAUAUGUAUUGAUAAAUACUACUAUCAAUAUAGAAAUUUUUAUUUGAAAAGAAAAAAUUAAAAGAAUAUGUUCAAAAUAAUAUUCUGGGGAGAGUAUAUUUUGAAGUGAUCUGUUAUAUUACAUAACACUUUUUACUUCCAGUUUUUUUUUAAAUAUAAUUUAUGUCACUAAAAUUUUAUUACUAAAAUUUAAAGUUUUAUUAUUUUCAAGUUAAGUAACAUUUAAAGAAUCUUUAUCAAAAAAGACUUGACAUAUUAAAAUUGGUUAUUAAAAUUUAGAGGAACAAAUAAAAAAUAUUCAAGCUAAAUAUAAUAUUUGACUGCUAAAUUUUAAAUACGCUAAAAUAGUGAAUUUAAAUUUUAAAUUUUGUAAUAAAGUUUUUGCUUAAAAAUUUCAAACAAAACGUGAUAUGAAAGUUGAUUUUUAGCCUUAAAAUUUUUAAAUUUAUCUAGCUAAUUUUUUUUAUUUUUAUAAUUUUUUUAUAAAAUUUUUCCUAUAUUUUACAUCUAUUAAAAGUUUAAAAACAUAAAUAAUACACAUUUUAAUAGAAAAUGCCUCAAUGUUUCGAAUAUUAUCAUGUUAAAAUUGUUAAAUUUCGCAAAUACCAAAUUGAUUAUCUGAUAAACUCAAUAGAACUCAAUAUAUAUACAUAUAAUAUUCCUUUAACAUAAUAUUAUUUUCAACUGUCUUCUAAAAAUUUGAUUUGAUUAGAAGUGGGUAGUUUAAUAAACCAAAGUAAAAUAAUAUUUGAAAUGAGAAUAUAAAAAUUUAUAUAAAACUUAUAAAUGAAUCUUAAGAGUUUUAUCGAAAUUAUUUUAUUAGCUAAUCCUGAAAUUUAUUGGAAUAUGCAUAAAGAUAUGAAAAGAACAUUAGGCAUUAAUAAAAAAUUCGGUUUUUCUCUUCCCCAUACAUAUAUGAAUAAUCCCUCCUGCUAAUUUGAUGUUGUCAAAAAAAUUAUAUGAAAAACAGGUUAGUGUAAUAUUUAAUUUAAAAUAAAUUGUUUAUAUUUACAUUACGCUAAUACACAAAAUAUGAUUUAUUAUAUAUAAUUUGAAUAUAUUGUAUAUAUCAUACUUAUUGUACAACUUGACUAAAUUAAUCAAUUGAAGAUAAAAACAUUUCGAUAAGAUUAAUUUUUAAAUAUUGUAACAAAAAUAAAAUUUAUAAACUGCAUAAAAUAGUGGUAUGGAAAUUAAUUUAGACUUUUAAGUAUUCAAAAUUAUAAAUAUGAUUUAAAAACAAGACACAUAAUAAAUACAUACAGUAAGACACCAUAAUCUAAAAAUUUUAUCUCAUUAUUAUUAUUACCAUUAUACAAAAAAUAAAAAAUAAAAUAAUUGUAAAACUUGAUUAACGUUUUGAAAUAAAAAUUAU